GAUUCUGCGAACCAGUCGUCGGACCAGAUUACAAAUAAAUAAAUAAUGAUAUUAGUUGUUACAUAAAUAAUUACUGUCAAUAUUUAUUAUUGAAUUUUGAAUUUUUUUUUUUACUUACGUAAAUUUUUCAUAGAACAGUUCGGAAAAAAUUAACUUCGGAUAUCUUCGGUUUUUUCAAAACAACAAAAACACUGUACACAUGUACUUGUUUAGUAAACAAUGAAAGUGAAAUAAAAAUUUAAAAAUAUAUAUAUAUAUAUAUAUAUAUAUAUAAUCACCAUGCACAAAAAUACUAAACAUAUGUUUCUUAAAGAUUAUUAUAAAUCAGUAUUUCCUAAAAAUAAAAUAAAGUUAUGGUUAACCUACGGCAAUAUUGAACCAUUUGAAUUGAGAGAAUUUUCUUUCAGAACAGUGGAGGAAAAAUUUUCACGGUAUGAAUCAUUUGAAAAUGAAAAAGAAUUAUUUGAAAAAUUGCUUAAACUAAUUCCUAAUAGAAUCGAUGUCGGUCCGAUUUAUAAUAAGAGACCUUUAUGGAACUCGAAAACAAAACUGAUACCAUUGAAAAAAGAGUUGGUGAUUGAUAUCGACUUGACUGAUUAUGAUGACAUAAGAAUUUGUUGUGCUAAAGAUAAAAUAUGUGGGAAAUGUUGGAAAUUUAUGAAAGUUGCUUGUAAAAUAAUACAUUCAUCUCUUCAAGAAGACUGGAAUUUUAAAAAUAUCCUAUGGGCAUUUUCCGGUCGUCGUGGAAUCCACGCAUGGGUUUGCGACAAAGAAGUUCUGAUGUACGACACACUCAAGCGUUCAUCAAUAUCCGGCUUUUAUCAAUUGAUAUCCGGAAAUUGUUUCGGUAGAAGUCGGAUUAAAAUAAAUAUAAUAAAUCCAUUUUUAGAACGUUCAUUAAAAAUAAUCGAUCAAGUUUUUAUUCCUCUGUGCGUCAUCGAGCAAGAUAUGCUGGGCAAUGAACGUAUCGAUAAAUUUAUCGAUCUAUUACCAAGUCGAGGUACCAAAGAUGAAGUUAGGAAGUUAUUUGAAUCAAUCGACAAAAGUGAGGAUCGUUGGAACGCUUUUGUUAAUUAUUUCAACUCCAAAAUUUCAUCUGAAAGCGGAGUCUGGAUCGACAAUAAAUAUUUUAUUGAAGAAAUAAAAUUACUCUAUUGCUACCCGCGAAUUGACAGAAAUGUCACGACGACGUUGAAUCAUUUAUUGAAACUCCCGUUUUCAAUUCAUCCGGCAACGAACCGAGUCUCUGUACCAUUUGAUCCAGCGGAUGUUGAUUCCUUUGAUCCGCUAGCGGCACCGACACUUUGGCGGGUUAUUGAUGAAAAAAAUAAUUACAUUGAUUCGAAUAAUUUGAAGUUAACUGACAAACGCGGGAAUUUAAUUUCAUAUGCGCACAAAACCAGUUUGGAAAUUCCGCUCAAGGUUUUGGAUAAAUUCCUGGUGGAUUUGUAUCGCACUCAGCAUCCAGGGAGACUUGGAGAUAAAUCUACAGGCGGAGAAAAUAAAAUUUCUAAUGAACAAGUCGAUGAGGAUGAAGAUAUUUUUGCAGAUUCAUAAAAUAUGAAAGUGUCAUUAAAUUAAAAGAUAAAAGAAUUAUUAAUUACUUUGUUUGGAGUUUGGGUUCAUGAUCACAAAAGAAAUAAUUAAAUUCAUGUGAGUGCCAGCGACUGAAAAAAGAACACCGGGAAUAAAUGAGAAAUUUAACAUUUAAUAUUCACGUUAAUUAUUUUUAAAUAUGAAUAAAAUUUUUCAAUUACUUUUUAUCAUUGCGAUAAUAAAAAUAAAUUUUACAACCGCGGAUAAAUCUCAACAUAAAAAAUAUCCUGAUGUAGCAAAAUGCAAACUUCAUGGCUUUUGUUUAUCAGACAAUGACUGUUGUUCGCAAUUUUGUGAAAUUCAUCAGGUUUAUAGAGGUCUCAAAUUGUCAAUUUGUAAGCCACAUGAAAUUUAAAGUUUUUUUUUAAAAUAA